UCACGCAUUGGCAGGCCGCGGUAUUCACGCAACUGGUCUGCCGGCUGCUCGUGCCAACAUGGACGAGGGCAACUCGGAACCGCAGACGAAAAAAAGACGACGCCUGGAACCGCCGCAGACUGCACAGGUCGCCGUUGUGCCCGAUGGCCAGGUACUAGUCCCGAGGAAGGCAAGCGACAACGUCCAGCAUGGGAGUCCUAAACGUGAGUCUCUGUCGCCUCCGGUACAGUCGUCUCAGGGAGUCACCGAAAUCGUUGUGCAUCAGCAAGCACCGCAGGGCGUGGACGACGACGAACCGGUGCAGGUUAAAUACGAGGUCGUCGAAGAAGUGGUGGCUUACGAGACCUGUCCGGCAACUAUUAUGGCCGGACAUAUCGCCGACGAGGAUCAGGUGGACAACGACGCCUCCGAUAACGCUGUACAGUCGCCAGCGCUGGUCCCAGCCAUAGUCUCAGUCGGCACGGUCGAAGAUGAGGACGCCGCCACAACGCCCAGCGGCUCGCCCGAGCUGGCCGAGCUGAGAGUCGAAUGGCCCGUGUCUCCGUCGCAGGCGGCCGUGGUGGUCGGCGCUGCGCACCAGGACGGCCUGCAGGAGAUGUACGUUCUCGACCCGCUGGCGCAGCCGACCCCCGAACAGCUCGCGGUCGUCGGCGCCGCCGGUCCCGAUCACAUGCCUUGCGACUACCGCAUGAUGACGCUCAACCAGGGAUCUCCGGGCCCUCACGGCGAGUUCCAGGAACUGCCGCCGCCCCACCACCACCCUCAGGCGCAACCGUACCUGCUCGCCUCUGCCGACGGCAGUUACUCGGUGCGAAUCCUUUCGGACGAUGGCCAGACACUGGCGCAGACUCAGCAGCAACAUCUGAAACUCGUCAAGGACAGUGCCGGCCGCGGAACAGCGGUUGUGGUGGACGGCAGCGGCAGUACCGGUGAAGUGGUACACGGCGAGGUGUUUCUCCCGUCAACUGUGGACAUUGUGCCGAGGACGACCGCGUACGGACACCACGCGGGUGUGAUCGCAACAGCGGCGCCGGUCACCACGGUACUCCCACCAACCGCCGCCGCCACCACUACGGGAACUACGUUUCUUUCCAGGGACGUCAGCUACGUGCUGCCCCAACAGCAGCCGCAGCAGCAUCACCAGCGCCAGCAGACGCCGACGACGGUGCAUCAGCCGGCGCAACAGCAACAGCAGGCGCCCCAGACGCAGCCGCAACAGACUCAUCAGUCCAGGGGCUCCAGGAGCAGCGGCCGGACGAGGGACAGAACUCGCAGUUCGAGCACGCUGAGCCGGGAGGAGCAGAAACGCAACGCGUGCGACCGCGAGCGGAGCCGCAUGCGCGACAUGAACCGCGCCUUCGACCUUCUCCGAGAAAAGCUACCCUUCUGCAAGCCGCCCGGAAAGAAGUUCUCCAAGAUAGAGUCCCUCAGGAUGGCCAUCAAGUACAUCGGACAGCUGGAGUCAGUGCUGUCGUCCCAGUCAUCGACUUCGGCGGGCGCAGCUAGCGGCCAGCACUACGACCCAUCCUUUUUCUCAUCAUCUGUGUGGGCAUCCGCACCCAACUACUACAGCUGGAUACGACAGGAUGUAGAGAACGGAGGGCCGAGCGGCAACGGAGGAGGUGCCGGAGGUGGCGCCGCCGGCGCAGUAGGCCAGGGAAACAACGGCAUGGUGGUCGACUCUGCAACUGGCAACCCGAGCGCAUUCUCGCCGCCCAGCCCCAAGUAUUUCGCCAAUUGCGACAAGGUGAAGGAAGUGACCAUGACGGCUGACGGCGCCUACUGGCACGGAGACGGCACCGCACAGGCGGCGCAGUUCGUCUACCAGUAGGACAGCAGCGCAUCCGCUGUGUCGCCCUCUGCACGCCGCCACGCCAUUUUGCCUUGGAGCCAUGUACAAAACCUGUAUAUUGUUGUUCUAGUCAGCCCGCCUAGCCCCCGCUACGGACAUAGGGCGGGCUCGCUUACUUGUCUUCUUGUUUUUCGCCACUGAAACUGCCGACGGUUGUUUGACAAUCGGAAAUAUAUGUUGUCUGUUUUACAACAAUUAAUGGGAAUAGGGACCAGAUUCACAGUGCCCUUCACAGCUAAGAGCGACUCGCCGCAGCCAAUAAUGGCAGCAACCCGCUGCCACUAAUUUUGUCACUGGCUAACACGUGUUAGCCAGGCAAUAAUGAAAGAAGCCAGCUGAGGUGCUAGCCAGUGACAAAAUAAGUUCUACCGAUCUAAACGCCUUCCUAAAGUCUCUAGUAUUGCGCUCCGAUGUACAUAUUCAUAAAUAAGAGUGGCUAAAUGCCAGCGGUCAAGUUGGUCACCGACGAAUGGUCUAUGCAAAACGUUGUUUUUUUUUUAUAUAAAACCUCGUGUGAUUCCGGCUGCUUGUUCACAGUCUUUCGUAUGUAAGGUAUACUUCCGUGAAUGCUUGAAAUUAACUACAGCCUCGUUAGUCAUAGCUAUUUCGCAUAAUUCGAGGAAGGCUUCUUUAUGGAAUAGUAGGAAGAAACAUUAUAUGAACGAGUGAAACUAACCGCGAGCUACUGAACUACACAGCAGUUUAUUAUGUAAUUUUUAACACAAUUUCGUAAGUUCGCAAGCGAGCUUACAAAAUAACAUAUUCGCAUAUCCGCUACACCAUACCUCAAGCUGCGUUUGCAUCAGAUAAGGCAUUGCUUGUGCUUUCCUGAAGAAAGCGCUUUUCUUUGGUUUGAGGACGAGGUGUCAGGAUUUUCGCAAAGGCUGACAGAAGAAAACAUUCCUUCCUUAUCGCUUACGAGUAGCUGUGAAGGUAUGUACACAUGGUUACACCGUGUUAUGCAUUUUACAUAUUUGUUUUUUUUUUCGCUUGGCUUUUCUUUUACAUACCAAUAUCUCGGCUUUAGUGAGUAAUCAUUUCAUAAAAUGGCGCAUGUACUGAGCUAGUCAAUGUCGCGGUGCGACAUAAGUUGAAAGUUACCUGCAAUCACAAAAAAAUAAUAAUAACUGCAGAAAGUUUUACUAGUGAAGCGUAUUCUGCUACGUUUAUGCAUGCAGGCCAAUUUUCUGGCAGCGUUGACGCUAUUUUUCAUAUUCAGGGCUACUCGGCGUCGGCGUAAUGCUCUUGGUGCAGUUGAGAUUGACAGCGCCAAAAAUUUAACUCCUCUUAGGAUGCCGCGAAAAAGUGAUAAGGUUUUGAAGCAUACCGGUUAAAUACUAGACAGCGGCUGAGUUUUUAGUAAGCAGACAUUGGCCUGGCGAUUAUAUGUCGUGGUAUUACAUGACACGACACUGAUGCGACAUGCCACUGGAGAUCUUUAGCAUAGCGCUCACGUAGCACAAAAAUGGCAGAAAUGCUACGGGACCUAAACAAUAUGUGGUGAUGCCAAUUGAAAUUAAACAGCGCCUAAUCUUUAAUUAACAGAACAUGUAUCUAUUGCUGCCAACCAUCAAGGACCCUCAGAAGAUUCCUGUGGCUCUCUCACUCUUUUAGCCGUAAAAGAAGAAGAAAAAAAACUGCGCCUAAAGAACACUUCUAAUGCAUUAAUGUUGACAGUGCUAUCUCAAAAUGGCACCACCAGUCCUGCUGCUACUGUCGAAGUUCUUCCAGUGUUUCUGAGCAAGUCAAAGCUGUGAUAAAGCUUUAUAUCGUUCCUAAUUAGCUCGUAAUAUUACUUGAGUUUCAGCAGUUAUGCUCUGCGCCCGCGAACAUAAAUUAUUACAUUGAACGUCAGCACCACAGAUUCGCCAGUGACUGUGUUUGCAAUUGACUGAUCAGCAGAGACAGGAGAAAAAAAAAAGAAUGGCCUCGACAACACUCGCAGGAAUGCGACGCUUCGAGCCAAUCCUCCAACUUUAUUUAGACGCCUUUUUUUACCUAUGUGCUUGGACUAAACACGUGGAUUACUAGGAAGUCAUAGCAUAAUGGGCAUUAAACUGUGUGGGAAUAAUUUAUUUAUAAAUGAAUGGCUCUAUGCAUUGAAAAUAUUGUUGAAAACAUCGUUGUAUUUUAACGCGUUGCAGAUGAUUUCAAAAGUUCUGAUACAUCGUUGUGGCGAACAGAGUUAUGUACAUUAACAUUUGAAAGAAUAGAGACGUUUGUUGCUUUCUCCUCUCUAUUUAUAUGUGUGUAUGCGUCCGCGCAAAUAUGUUUAUGAAAAGCUUGGACAUGUAUCGUCUAUUAUGUCUCUCCGUUCGUUCGUAUUCUUUAAAAAUUAUAUAUAUUUUUUUUUGUUUUCUUAGUCGUUCGGUGAUUUUGUUAGUCUGAUUCCGAACGACCAGCAACGUUCCGAGCUUGAAACGACACCCAAUUCUCAGAUAUCAUUCAAUAACGCGAUACUGUUCCACUCGUUUUUUUUUAAUUAUUAUUCCUAGAUUUGCAAAAUUAUCAACGGCAACGAGAUACCGACCAACCUCCCUUAUUAUAAUUUCUCGAAUCUUAAAAGCACCUUUGUUUUUGCGUCCUGUUGCCUUAUAACAUUGUGCAGUUAUAGAAUGCAGUGUUAAGCUUCACCUAGUGCACCCAAGUACAAGGUGCAGCCAGCUUUACAGCCGACGUCGCGGGAGCAUUUUCGCUGGUUUUCCGGCCCGUGCAUGGACGAUAUUAUUUUCGAUUGAUGGGCGCUGCCAUUUUAGAAUUUUACAAGAAUGAUUUCGCAGUUUUGUAUGACGUGACAUCAAAGUAAUCAGGUCUUGGAACACCGAAUGCGCCCGUACAGCCGUUUUCAUGCGUGUGAGUACGUACCGUUCAAUUUGCUAGGCUACCGUCAAAUAGAAACCUAGUGGUACCAAUGGACCCACUGCAUACAUUACGGCAUUAUGAAGUUUCGCUGCUAUUAUUUCGGUGUGAUUAUACAGUCAUAUCCUCUGGAACUUGCAAUAAAAGCGAAGUGCCAAUAAAAGCGAAAUGAUGAUAUAGCGCACUUCUUUAUUUAGAUAUAUUUAUCUUUAGUAGUAAAUAAACAUAGAAAUGACGGUAGAGGAUUACGAAAGUGAGGGGUGAGGAGAUCACUGAUGAGUUUUGUAAAGCAUUCUUUUCAUUUAUUGUGUUGCUUGUGUACAGUGUGCUUAAAAGACGGCGUGAUGAUCAUAAAUGAGGUAGGGGGGGGGGGAUAUGACGAUACUACGUAUGUGCCUUAUUUUGCCGCAGACGUGUUUUGUAACCCUGCAAAGCAAUACCAAAUCGUGCCUGCUUAUAAGAUAUUGUUGCUCUUGCGCAAUAAUUGUUGUCAUAUUUCAGGAAUAAAAUGUUUUUUUUCCUCA